UAAAUUCCUCGUGUUACCAGUGCAGGCGGCCGGCGACCGGCCACCACCAUCCCCGUCCAUCGCACUUGUGGGCGCGAGCAGCCGCGGCCUUCACACCGCGAGGCCCGCGGGUCGAUUCGUUUGUCUCUACUAUAGAUUAGGGCGGACCGAUCAACGUUCUUUCAAUUACUCUGUGUAUGCGCUGCAUAUUUUAAUAGUGUACACCCCGCUCGAGCGGCGCGGAAAGUGAGGCAGCGUGUUUUCUCCACGGCCCUGACGUCAUUUGCGUCGAAUGUUUGCUGUGACUUCUCCAUCUGCGCAUCGUCAAACUGAAAAGAGAAAUUUCUUCCAAUGGCUUCUCCCACUCUUCGAGUACCUCUGCAUGAAAAUGCAUUGAAGAGAGUUUAUCUUUCAUGCAUUGGUCUCGCGCACGUCAAGGUGGAAAUCCUUUCGCCCGGUGGACUGGCCUGCCGAGGAGGCGGCGCGGAAAGCGAGGAACCGGGUGUGGGUGCGAGCGAGGUCCAGCCCCAGCAGCUCCGCAUCGCGGCGGCCUUCUCGCUGGCAGGGUUGGCUGGCGACGCGGUCCCGGCGGAGCAGGCCUCGCCCAGGGAGGAGGCAGGCAGGGAGACGCGCCGCGGGUUCAGGUGUGGGGAGUGCGGCGAGUGCUUCGGUGCAGAGGCGGACUUGAGGAAGCAUCUGGCUGGUCACGCCAGGGAGGGACCGCAUUCGUGUGACGUCUGCGGCAAGGAGUUCCCCAGGUCUUCAGAUCUCGUUAGGCACAAGAGAAACCACACAGGGAAGAAACCUCACGAGUGUGACGUGUGCGGAAAGAGGUUCUCUCAAGGUGGUCAUUUAAGUGAUCACAAAAGAAUUCACACCGGGGAGAAGCCUCACGAGUGUGACGAGUGCGGAAAGAGGUUUUCUCGUGGUUGUCAUUUAAGUGAUCACAAAAGAAUUCACACCGGGGAGAAGCCUUACAAGUGUGACGAGUGCGGAAAGAGGUUCUCUACUGGUGGUAAUUUAAGUGAUCACAAAAGAAUCCACACCGGGGAGAAGCCAUUCAAAUGUGGCUAUUGCGGAAAGAACUUUGCAAAGUCAGAUACUUUAAAAAGACACAAGAGAAUUCACACUGGCGAGAGGCCUUACAAGUGUGAGGAGUGCGGAAGGAAGUUCUCGGAUCCAAGACAUUUAAGGAACCACAAGAGAAUCCACACCGGGGAAAAGCCUUACGAGUGUGACGAGUGCGAAAAAAGGUUUACUGACUCAGGGAAUCUUCAUGUGCACAAGCAAAGCCACGCUAGAAAAUGAUGUUACGUGUGGGCCUUUACUGUACUUGUCAUUUUGUUUAACUCUCAGAAUCUUUUCGUUUGCUGCUUUUCUGCGCUUUAUUUGUCUAAAUCGGUUUUUCUACCUUGCCCUGCAUUUCUCCUCCGUUCCGAUGUUCAUUUAUAAAAUAGCGUCACGCUGUUCAUUUACUUUUCGCGCUUGUGUGUUUUUUUGUUUUUUUUUUUCAAUUAGUACUGUUGUUAUCACUGCGCAGAAUUGUUUUGUUGUGUUUGUCACCGUAGACGCAGUCGUUCCAUUUCUCGGGGACAGGAUUCCCAUGUUGGCAAUCUGUGAAUUGUUUCUGUAUUUACUUUCCUGUAAAAACUGUCUCGCGACGGAGAAUUCAUAU